UACGUCCUUGUCAGCAUGGCCUUCUGAGGAACGCCGGCCGUACAACGUUCCAAGUUUUUCAGGUUGAUAUUCAAGCCGUUGUUGGCAUGCCAGAUCUUAGUCGGUAUGCUAAGAAGCCGAGGGGGGAGUUGCUCGAGGGAGAUGGAUACCUACGAUACUUUGCAUUGGCAUUAUCGUGUAUCCGGAUGCACCUUCCCCUGUUCUCGGCCUUGCCAUGCCAGUCCCUUUAGUUCGGUUCUCGCCGCGUAGCCCAUGUGUGUCUUCCCCGUCCAUGCUCCUGGGUGUGGAAAUUUGAAUCCGUACCGCGCCUUCCAUGUUGGCAGGAGACGGAAUUCCCGUAGAAGGCACACAUGGGCUGCGCGGCAAGAAGCGACCAGCACGUGAGGUCCAAGUCUCGUGGGGGGUCUUGGUCGGCUCCAUGCAAGUCUCUCCAGAAUCAAGAAUGGAAAGGGGAAAAAACGCACCAACGACCUUGCUCCCCCGUUCCUUCUUCAGCUUCAGCUCUGAUCCGGUCUUGGCUGUUCCCAGGCUCCACGUCGCAUUCCGGGCAAAUUGCACUGGACCCUGUCCUGAUCUGGGUAUUCGAUAUCCGUACAACUACCUCUUCCUCAAGGCGGGAACGAGUACCUGUAGGUAUACGCCUCCUCCAAAUUUCCAUUUUUGGCUCUGCUCCUCGUUGCCCGUCUUUCGCUGCAAAGACACGCCGAAAUAUGAAGCCGAUGCGAAUCUGCUCAUGGGAAAUUACCCACACGCCGCCGCUUAUUGUCGCAUUCUGCACUUUUUGCAUUCUGGAAAUUUUCCCAUCCCUCCUUGUCCCCCGUCUGCGCCCCCAUCCCAUCCAUCAAUCCAUCCGGCAUUAACGACCGCCUUGAUUUUUCUCCCUCGCCGAUACGACGACAGGAACAAGACCGGUUUUUUUUUUUUUUUUUCUCCCUGGGAAAUGACCAUCCCAUCAACCACUAGCGCUCGCCCAGCAAUGCAUUCGUCCCACUGACUAAAGCAGGGUCCUGGCCUCCCGCCACCGCCGCCAUAACUACAUACGGAAGAUGGCAACAUCAAAU